AUGGUUGAAUUGAUCCAGCCCCCGGAGCCUCACUCGCUGCUCCCCCCUCUGCUCGCCUGCCUCCCUACUGCCUUUGUGUCGCCUCGUCCGCCCCCUGCCCUUCUUCCUUUGCUCUCACCCAUCCUACGCCAGCGCGUGCAGAUCCUCAGCUCGGUUUCAAAUUCAGCUAGCGAUUCAUGGCUUCGAUUGCUGUGCUGGAAUGCCGACAAGGCGGAGCGAGUGCAGAAUCUGGUCGAUAGCGCAAACUUCGAACCGCAUCCUGCUUCGGGGGAGAUCGAGCUUCCCCACGAAACUCCUGUGACGUUCAGACGCAUCGACGACGAAACAUUACAAUCACAGAUUUUGCUACCAGAUCACAGCCUAAAGGUCAUUUAUCUGUGGUGUAUCGAUGACAAGGAUGGUGGUGGUCCAGGCUGGAGAUUGGCAGAACUUCUGCCAGACGAGGAUUCUCUCGAGGAUAACAGCGAGUGGUCUACCUCUGUCGGAGAAGCCAACUCACGAGCCAAGGAGAAAAUUAUCGAAGAUGCCUUGAAGGCAGCCGAAAAACAUGAGCAGAGUUUGGCACAAGGAGGUCAAAUGCAGGACAAAAACCAAGAGGAUGACGAUGGUGAGGACGACUAUUGGGCUCAGUACGAUGCUACACCUGGAAGGACGCCAGCCGUGAAAACGCCAGCCCCGAAUCCCAUCUCCCCUUUGCACCAGUCUCACAGCACAGAGGACUCAUACUACGCUCGAUACGCCGACGUGCAGCCGGCUAUGGACAAUGAGGAUCCAGAGGAGCAACAAACAGAUAUUGGAGCGUCUACUCUUGACGGUAACAUGUUGAUGAAUCUUCUACAGAGGCAGAUCAGCCGUCCUUCAGACGCUGAACCGCCACGAACGAAUGGCUACGCGGCAGGUGCCACAACCCAUGACGACACUGCUAUGCUGCUAAACCAUCCGCGCCCGGCAUCGGUCUCCUCGCGUAGCUCCGAAUCGGCCGUGGCCAAGUUGGAGCUGGAGGCAGAGAACCGUUCGGUCGUCGAAGUCGGCGUGAGGCAGCACAUCAGUGCCAACAUCAAAAGUCUGUUCCGCCUCGCGAAGAGCACUGGCAUCUCGCGGGCCGAGUUCGAUUCCCUGGUCAAGACGGAAUUGGAUCUACUGAGCCUCUCUGAUCAUGACCCAUAA